UAGCUAGCCAGUUGUUUUGGGAGAAGAAGAAAAGAGCUUCAAGCGGAAGAAACACCGGAUUUGGUUUCGGAUAGUUUUCGGCUUAUGGUCCUGGUUUAGGUUUUUUUUUUUUGUUUGUAUAUAUAUAUAUCUAUAUAUAAAUACACAUUUUCAAUAUGUCGACCCCGGCGAGGAGACGGCUUAUGAGAGAUUUUAAAAGACUUCAAGAAGAUCCCCCUACCGGUGUGAGCGGAGCGCCGUCGGAGAACAACAUCAUGCUUUGGAACGCUGUUAUUUUUGGGCCGGUGGGAACGCCAUUUGAAGAUGGAACAUUUAAGCUUCUGAUAGAGUUUUCAGAGGAGUAUCCAAACAAGCCUCCCACAGUUCGAUUUGUGUCCAGAAUGUUUCACCCAAAUGUUUACGCUGAUGGCAGUAUAUGUUUAGACAUCCUUCAGAAUCGCUGGAGCCCCACAUAUGAUGUGUCGUCCAUACUCACCUCCAUCCAGUCGUUGCUGGACGAGCCAAAUCCCAACAGCCCAGCCAACAGCCAGGCCGCACAGCUCUAUCAGGAAAACAAGCGGGAGUACGAGAAGAGGGUGACGGCCAUCGUGGAGCAGAGCUGGGUGGACGUCUAAAAAAAACUCCCACCGCUCUUCUCCCCACCCACCUCUCUUCGUCAUUCUGAGUACUUCAGUCUUUCAUUUUUACGUCAUCAAGAAUUAAAAAAAAACAAAACAAACAAAAAAAAA